AUGGAAAUAGCAGAAAAUUAUUUUAUUUUAAUAGAUACUUUAGAACGGUUUGAAAAUGAUAAGUGUGAGAUCGCAAGAGAAUAUAAAUUAUUGAAUAGUUUAACUUUUGCCAAAGUUCCAGUAAAUAUCAAGCUUUAUUAA